CUCCGGGGAUGGCGGGCGAAGGCGGCGGCGUUGGCGGCGCCUGGUUGGUGCUCUUCUGCGGCUGGGCGGCCGCGGCGGGCGCCCUUCGAGACGGCGCGCCGCCCGAUCCUGAGCCCGGCGGGGAUCCCUGCCCGCCCGCCUGCCCGCGAGUGCUGGGCUUCCGCCUGGAGGACGGCGCCGCGGCCACGGGGGGCCUGGUAAGGGCCCUGCCUGGGGCCACCUUCCGACUGCGCCUCUACGGCACCGGGCUGCACAACCGCAGCUGGCCCUGGGCCGCCUUCGUGCCGGAGGAGGCGCCCUGCGGGGGGAACCCCGGGGAAGAGCCUUCCUCUUCCUCCUCCUCGGGGGCCCCUCAGGUGCUGGCCCACCAGGUCCUGCCCGCCAGCGAGCAUGCAGGGCUGGUGACGGUGCGAGUGGCCCCCGGGGGCCCCGGAGGACGGUACCGCCUCUGCAGCCCGUCGGGGCCCGGCCGCCCCUGGGCCCCGGCUGCCCCGGGCGAUGCCAUCCUGGUGACGGAGGACGAAGGCGGAGGGGCCCGGGUGGCGGCCGAGGCGUGGCCCCCACCCAUGCCCCCCUGGCUGCUGGGCACCCUAGUGGCCCUCCUGCUAGCCCUGCUGGCCCUCCUGCGCACCUUGCAGCUCAGCACCCUGUGGCUGGAUCCGGCCGAGCUCUACGUGCUGCGGGACUGUGGCUCAGAGGCAGAGCGGGGCGCCUCUAAGGCGCUGGAGCCCGUCCGGCACCGGGGCCCCUUCGUCCUGUGCGCGCUGCUGCUGGUGAGCGCCGUGGCGCAGGCCGCCCUGGCUGUGCUCUUCUACCGGGCCGUGGGGGCGCUGGUCCCGGCCAUCCUCGGUGUGGCCGCCUUGUCCUUCCUGCUGGCCGAGGUGCUGCCCUUCGCCGCCAGUUCCCGCUGGGGUCUGUGGCUGGCCCCGCGGGGCCUGUGGCUGACCCAGUUCUUCAUGCUGCUGACGUUCCCCGUGGCGCUGCCGCUGAGUCGGGUGCUGGAGCUGGCCCUGCGGCAUGACAACAGCACCUACCUCUUGCGGGAGAAGAUCCUGGACAUGGUGCGCAACAGCGACCCUUACAACGAGUUUGUGCGGGAGGAGUUCAGCAAGGGGGCCCUGCGGAACAAGACGGUGGAGGACGUCCUGACCCCGUUGGACGAGUGCUUCAUGCUGAACGCCGACGCCGUGCUGGACUUCAACAACAUGUCCACCAUCAUGCAGAGCGGCUACACCCGCAUCCCAGUGUAUGAGGAUGAGCGGACCAACUUGGUGGACAUGCUCUACGUCAAGGACCUGGCCUUGGUGGACCCUGACGACUGCACUCCCCUGAGCACCAUCAUCAAGUUCUACAAUCACCCGCUUCACUUUGUCUUCAACGACACCAAGCUGGAUGCCGUGUUGGAGGAGUUCAAGAGAGGGAAAUCCCACAUGGCUAUUGUGCAGAAGGUGAACAACGAAGGGGAAGGGGACCCAUUCUACGAAGUCAUGGGGUUGGUGACCCUGGAAGACGUCAUUGAAGAGAUCAUCAAGUCGGAGAUCAUGGAUGAGUCAGACGACUACAGGGAGAACCGAU